AUGAAGUCUGGAGCAACAAAAAGAGACACCGUCCAGUUGUGGAACUCAACGGCGCCCAGAAAGCCGACAAACCGGAAUCCGAUGCUGCGGUCACGGCACCGGCUGGCGCUGCUGGUGGAUGGUGCGCUGCCACUCAAGGAGGUGGUCAGCCAGUUCCGCAACAGCAGCAAGGACUUCACAGUCGCCUUAGAUGUGUUGGCCGUGGGGCAAAAGGGCAUAAUGCAAGGCCUGCAUUUGCUGGCACAAAAGCAGCCCAAAAUGCCGGUGGCUGUGCUCGACAAGGUGGGUGAGGAAGCCGUCGUGGCCGUGGCCCCCAAAGGCUUCCGGGUCCGAGGUCACCACAACUACUGGCUGAGCUUUUUCACGGAGGAGGAGUUUCUGGAGCCUUCUGCCAUAUCUCGCUGGGAGAGCGCGGCCAAGCUGAAGGUGGGCUCUGAGACCAGCGUGAUGCCACUGGCCAAGGCGAUCGCGGCCCGCACCAAGCUGCUGCCCGAGGAUGGUGUGCUGCUGGUGGAGACCGGCCUCACAGGGGACAAAGACCGGAAGCGCUUGCGGGCGGCCCACCUGGCCAAUGCCGUUGCGCGGGCCUAUGCGUGGCAGGUGCGGCCGGUGGACCCCUCGAAGCCGGUGCGCCGCUUCCGCUGCGCCGCGCGGGUGCUGCCGCAGCCCCUUGGCGCCCCAGAGAGCUGA